AUGCCCUCGGCCCCGCCCACCGGUGCGCGCGCGCCGAUCGGGCAGGGGUCGCCCAGCGCCUUUGGCGUCUUCGUCGCGCGGCCGGGAGCCGACCCGAUCCCGCCGCCGGGUGCGGCCGGCUCCUCCUCAAUGCUGCAGCGGCUGACGGUGCGGCUGGCGGAGACGCUCUCGCUCGUCGACCCCCGCCGCACGGCCGGCGCGCCGGCGAACCGCCGCCUCCUCACCAAGCCUUCCACGCGCUGCUCAAAGAGGCGCCGUCGCCGCCCGCCCGCCCGCGUGCCCUGUGGAUGGCGGCGUCGCCGUCCGCGCGCGCACGCGGUUGCGCCGCGGCCGCACGACAACGAGCUGGGCGACUUGGUGGUGUCGGUGUCGGACGUGAUCGAGAACGGAGAGACGGGAGAGGGCUUCGAGGUCCUCUCCGCCCUCGGCAAGGGCACCUUUGGCCAGGAGGUCGGCAUCCUCCAGUCCCUCUGCCUCCCCGACUCCGCCAGUGGCCCGCCCACCCCACGCGAGACGGAGGGGGGAGCCAAAGCCCCGCUCGCCGGCGCGCCGGACGACGCAGCGGGCAGGCAAGCGAAGGGCACCGACCCGCGCUCGCUGAUGGUGCAGCUGCACGAGCACUUUUCACACCGCGAGCACGUCUGCCUCGUCUUCGAAGCACUCGGCGUCAACCUGCUGCAGCUGCUGCAGCAGAACGGCUGCCGCGGCCUCUCUCUCUCGCUCGUGCGCUUCUUCUCGAAGCAGCUGCUGCAGGCGCUGAUUCUGCUGCGACAGCUCGGCGUGAUCCACUGCGACCUCAAGCCGGAGAACAUCCUGCUGCGGAACCUGCAGUCGCCCGCCAUCAAGAUCAUCGACUUCGGCUCCGCCUGCUACGAGCAGCAGCAGCCCACCUCCUCCUACAUCCAGUCGCGCUUCUACCGCUCGCCCGAGGCGGAGCGGAGGAGGGCAAUGCUCUCUUUCAUCUCGGGCUUGCUCCAGUACGACCCCGCGCAGCGCUGGACGCCAAGGCAGGCCAUCCAGCACCCCUUCAUCACGGGCUCAAAGUACACCGGCCGCUUCGCCGUCGCCCCCGCCGCCCCCGCCGCGCCCGCCGCGCCCGCCGCGCCCGCCGCGCCGCCGCCUCCCGCCGCCGCUGCGCGAGCUUUGGGCGGGGCGGAGGGGGAGGCGUCGCGCGUGCCGGUCGACCCGCAGCCCCUUCGCCACGCCCAGCGUCAAACUGUGCCCGUCGCAAUCGGCGCCGCCGCCGCCCCAAUGCCGCCGGCGAUGGCGGCGGCGGCGGGUGGAGCAAAGCCGCAGCCGCCGCCGCCGCCGCCGCCUCCGCAGCCGCAGCCGCAGCCGCAGCCGCAGCCGCAGCCGCAGUCGCAGUCGCAGUCUCCGAAGCGCACGUCGCUGCCUCGGGACGGGCGGACCAUGCUGCCCGUCGCGGUCGCAUCGUCGCCCGCCGUCUCGCCGUACUCGCCCGGCGGGCUCCGCUCGUCGCCGCCGCUCUCGACGUCUCCGCCCGUCUACUUUCCGUCGCCGCCGAUGUCCCUCUCUCCGCUCGCGUCGCACACGCUGCACGCGGCGCUCUCCAACUCGCCGACCUCCUGGCUCGCCGCGCCGGGCCAGCCCCCGAUGCAGAUCGGCCACGGGCGCGGGCGAGCUAGAUGCAGCGCAGACGCCCCUGCAUCCGCACCCGCCGUCUGCUUCCUCGAUGCUCGGCUCGGACAGCUGCGCGCGACGGCCGGGCCCGCCCCGACCCUGUCGCCCGGCGGCUCGGCCAACGGACAGUCCUUCCACGGCGGAGGCAUGUACGCUGGGGUGCCGCCCGGAGCGACUGGGGCGCCGAUCUACGCGCACCACGCAGCCGGCACGCACACCCCGCCGCCGCCGCUCGGUGAGGAGGCCGCACGCCAACAAGGCUGCCGCGCGGGCCGCAGAGCGCGGGGGCGGAGGUGGCGCCGGCGGGGGGAGGGACGGGCAGAACGUGGGCGAGGAGCUUGACUUUGCGGACGUCUUCAGCGGAUGAUGAGCGCGGCGCGCCUUUGCCCUCGGUCACGCUUCUGGGCUCUCGCGGCGGCUUGCAGCUGGCGGGGCGUGGCGAGGGGGGCGGGGGAGGGGCCGGGCGGCGGGAGCGGGCACGGCUCCUGUGGCACCCCCGGUGGGCUUGUGGAGGCGCCGGCGCCGGGGCAUGCGCAGGUGGAGAGGGAGGCACGAUACAGGUUGCACGGCGGGAAGGACACCCGCCCACGCCUCUUUACGGAGCCUCUCGUUGCGCUGGGACACGCGCGAGGCCGGCGGGGAGGUCUGCGGGAUCUAACUAAUGGAUAACAAACGUUGUGUGCUC